AAGCUGCAGUUUCAUAAUCUCGCGAUAGCUGCGUGGUCACUAGCCUUUCCCACACCACGUGAUGUGGGCAGACUAUUCACCGCGGCUUCAUUUCGGUGGACGUUUCGCACGCUUCAUGUGGCUGGGGUAGUGUCUGAAAGCAUCAGCAUGGAAAUGUUGAAGAUAGAGCAAGUCAUUGUUGGGAGUGAGAUGAGAUCCACCUCAGCGGAGAUCAAGUCUGAGCCCGCUGUCGCCCCUCUGCAGUCCUAUCAGCAUGAGAGCCUGCAGUGCUUUCAGUGCUUCAUCACCUUCCCAAACUCCAAAGCAAAGGAGAGACACAUGAGGAAGAGUCACCGGGACCAGUACAAACAGCAUCUGCAGCAGACUGAUACAGUCUUCACUUGCUAUAAGUGUGACAAGAGCUUCUCGUCCUCUGAGGAGCUCAGCCAGCACCAGGCCACCCACAGCAGAGAGGAGAAGCCCUUCCACUGUCCUUACUGCCGGAAAAACUUUUUCACCUUCACUGAGCUGAACAAACACAGACGACAUGAGUGCAUUGAGCGACGGUGUCCCUGCAGGGACUGUGGCGCCUUGUUCCCCAGUCCUUCACGACUUCGUAACCAUCGGAUGGCAGUGCACCCCCAGCGCCCAGUAGUGGCUGAUGACAUCAACACCUACCAAUGCUGCAAAUGUAGUCGUGGUUUCCAGACAGAAGAAGAGCUCCUGCAGCACCAGGAGAGAUUUGCUAGUGAUCUAAACUGUGACGUUAAGCCGCAAGGCAAAAAACGUGGCCGUAAACCCAAGUACGCAGCUCAAGGAGGGUUGAUUGACACCAAGAAGAUCAAACAAGAAGAGGGAGCAGGGGAAUGCAAAGGAUACAAUGACUCUACAACAGAGGGAUGCCCCUCCAAUGAGCUGCAAAUGGAGCUCAAGAUUCCUUGUCCCGAAGCAGAUUGUGACCUCAUAUUCCCUUCUGUUGCAGCCCUGCGGGCACACAAGAGAGAGCACCAUGGGCCUCCCCCUCGCAAGGCUCACACAUGUACAGAGUGUGAUGAGAGCUACUCUCGGCCUGAGCAGCUCAAAGCACACGUGGCCAGGGCUCACCGCUCUCGAUACACCUGCCCCACCUGUGGAGAGACCUUUGCACGAGAGAGCAUCCUAAAGAUCCACCAGAACACCCACACUGAGGGAGAGGAGGUAGCAGAAAAAAGAUAAUACAUGGGGAAAAGACUGCAACUUCACCCUACAUCAUUCAGUUAAAUGAUUGUCUUUCUCGCCAUAUUCUGCUUAGUGUAAGCAGAAGAUAUAUACGUGAAUAUUUUAGGGUGAGAGUUUUUGAAGCAAGGUUAUGCAACACAAUUCAAUUAUGGAGGUUGUUUCUGGAAUGCAGGUUUCGAUUGCUUUCAGGAGGCCAUACUUGUGAAUAUAACUCUACUGAUCUGUACAUAAUUAGGAUGUAUGCCCAUUAUAAGCUCAUGUCUCAAGGCCCUUUUUGCUGUCCGUAUUACCUCUAUUGUACCUGAAAUGUUUUAUAUUCAUUGUAGAGUAACUAGCUUAUUCUCCCUCAAGUGUGGGAAUGUUUUGUAUUUAACUGAACAGGUGACAAUUACACAGAGAAUGUAAGUCCUUUUAGUAAUAAGAUCCAACAUCCAAAAAAUGGGCCAGCGUAUAGGAUUCUGACUAUGGGACUUCAGUAAUGUAAUCUCUGGGUCUUUUCUCUUUCCAAAAGUAAAUAAUUGUUGCAUUAAACAAUACUUACCUUUC